CUAUCCGGCUCGUGCCCCUUUCGCGGCAAAAAGGAUUUGGCGCGUAAAAGUGUCCGGGACUUUGCGGGGAUCAGCUGGAGAGACCAAAACAAGCUCGCAGCUCCGGCCCCGGUCCUGGCCCCCGUUCUGUCCUCCGGUCUCCCGCCCCGGCCCCGUCCGUCUGCGCGGAUCCGAUCCCUGCUGAACCCGGGAGUCCAGGACCGCGCAUGGGCCAGGGCCCUCUCGGAGUCUCCCGCAGCUCGCGCCCCGGCCCGGGUCCGGGGCCCUGAGCCCUAGCCCGGCAGGCCGGGCCGAGCCGGGGACUAUGGACCUGGCAUCCGGAGCGGGCUCUAGUGCCGAGACCCCCGGCAGGGGGUAGGGCCCCGAGCGGCAACUGCGGAAGCCCGCGCAGCCUCGGGCCGCGCCGCGCCCCGCCCCGGCCCUCCCGGCCCCGCCGGCCAGUCCCCGUCCCUGGGAUGUGAACCGGCGCCCGGGGGAGCGAGCGAGCCAGCGCAGCCGCCAUGGCCCUGGACGGCAGCGGCGGCGGCGGCGGCGGCACGUGCGUGGCGGAGCUGGAGGCCCUGCUGGGGGCUGGGGGGCUGCAGCUGCUGGAGCAGCAGAUCGUCAUCAUCUCCACCCAGGACGAAGGCCCGCUCAGCGCUGCCGCCGUCCCGGUCACCGCAGAGGGGCCCCGAGAGGCCGAGUUGCUGCUGUUCGCAACGCCCCAGGCGCCCCGGCCGGGAGCCAGCGGCCCCAGGCCUGCCCUGGGCCGGCCUCCGGUGAAAAGGAAACUGGACUUGGAAACAGACCAUCAGUACAUAGCUGAAGGCAGUCAGCCAACCCGGGCCAGGCCCAGACCCCCUGGCAAAGCAGGUGUGAAGUCCCCAGGGGAGAAGUCUCGCUACGAGACCUCACUGAACCUGACUACCAAACGCUUCCUGGAGUUACUGAACCAGUCUACGGAUGGCGUGGUGGACCUGAACUGGGCAGCCGAGGUGCUGAAGGUGCAGAAGAGGCGCAUCUAUGACAUCACCAACGUGCUCGAGGGCAUCCAGCUCAUCACCAAGAAGUCCAAGAACCACAUCCAGUGGCUUGGGAAUCAUUCUGUAGCCGUCAACACCAGCAAGCAGCAGAUGCUAGCUAAGGACUUGCAUCAUCUCCAGGAGGCUGAGAGGCAGCUGGAUGACUUGAUCCAGAUGUGCACCGUUCAGCUCAAACUGCUCACUGAAGAUGCCGACAAUCAGCACUUAGCCUAUGUGACCUGCCAAGACCUACGAAGUAUAGCAGACCCUGCAGAGCAGAUGGUGAUGGUGAUUAAGGCCCCACCUGAGACACAGCUACAAGCAGCAGACCCUGCAGAGGCAUUCCAGAUCUCCCUGAAAAGCAGCCGAGGUCCCAUCGACGUGUUUCUGUGCCCUGAGGAAAGCUCGGAUGUGUGCAGUCCAGUGAAGAGUCCCUUUAAAGCAACUCCUGAGGAGACUGGCCUCAGUCUGGAGCCCACCCUUCCCCCCCAGCCGCCGCCACCACCUCCAAGCCCCCUCACAGCUUCCAUACAGGAUGGCAACUUGCCCCUGCUCACCAGCGAGCAAGAACACCUCCUGUCCAGGGCAAGCCCGGCAUCCCUCAGAGCCUCAACAGAAGAUGGACGCUUGUCUCCACUAGUGUCUGUGGACAGCCUCCUGGACCAAGUGAAGGAGGAUUUCUCCAGCCUUCUGCCAGAUGAGUUCAUCAGCCUCUCCCCUCCUCAGGGCCAGGACUAUCACUUUGGCCUGGAGGAAGGAGAGGGCAUUAGGGAACUCUUUGACUGUGACUUUGGGGACUUCACCCCCCUAGAUUUCUGACACAAGGCAACGGGAAGCUCCCCGGACCCACGGAUAGGUCAAGGAGCUCAGAGAGUAGAGAGGGGACAUCACAAUGACUAGGAGGAUGACUUAAGUCAAAUGAAAAGGGUCAGACUCCUGGAGAGGCUUGGCUGCUGUCUGAGUGUCCUUGUAUGUGGAGGAAAGCAUGUGGACAGCCUUCCCUGGCCAUCACCAGCUUUCCUUUCCUACAUACUUGGAAAUACUGAAAGCUGCUGUAGCCCCAGGCCUAUUUCCCUCUCUCCUAUCUUAUCCUUUCUAAGACUUCCCAGGAGGGGAUCUCUGCCCUGCCAGGGAGUCUACCCCAGUGAUCUGAUUUUGUCACAAAAGCCACCUAAUUUAUUUCCCCCUUUUUUGGUCUUCUCUUCCCACCCCCUGUGUUUGGUUCUUCUAUGGGCUGGAAUUCUCCACCCCCUCGGGAUUUGGAGCACCCAGUGAGUACCCCAGGAGGGAAGGAGCUGGUGAUGGAUGGGGGUGCUUUUGUGUGAUGGGAACGUUAAGUGCACUUUUGCUCAUCUUCUCUAUAUGGAGGGCUUGGAGACUGCCGGUAAGGCAGGACCUGAGUCCUAGAACCACCUCAGAGGGGGUGAGGGCUUGAUGGCCUCCUCCCAGGAGGCUUUCCCCCAGCCAACCAACCAGCCAGUGCUGGAUGAAAGAUUGCAGCACCUCUUUGGAGGUCCAGGCUGCAUGGAGAGAGCACUUUUGUCGUCUUAAAAGGUUAUUUUUCGCAAAGCUUUACUAAAACGCAGUGUGUGCAAACUUAUUUAUUUAUUGAAGUUGGCCAUGGCCGGCCCCCACUUCCCAGGUGGAAUGGGAGCUGGGGAGCAGCAUCCCUGGGGGGCAGAGGUCCGCAUGGCCCAUGCGUGUCCAUUCGGGCCCAAAGGAAGAGGUAGAGGAACAGGAGCUCCUCAGCCUCUGGGGCCUGGGGCAGAAGGUCAGUCACAAAGGAAGAGGGGAAGAGUCCAAGAGGGAUCACCCCUGGGUAGAAGAAUUUUGAUGUCUUGACUUUAUUUAUUUAUUGGGAAUGGCAAGAGGGAGAAAGUCAUAGGCCAGGAGCAAAGAGAGACUCUAGGAGAAGUAGGAUAGGUCAGUGAAAGGAGGAUGAAGGAGAGAAUUGGCUGCACCAGGAGACUGGUCAGCUUUUGAAGGCUAGAGCCGGAGCUGCAGCUGGGACCCGGGCUUUUUGGGCCUGGGUAUGAUGGGAAAGUCUGCUGGGGUGCCAGGAUCAGAGGCAGGGUUGUCAAAGCUCGGUGGAGGAAGCAGUGACAGGAGGAGAAGCAUGUUUGCAGAGUUGGAGAAGUGACUCUCCUGGGGUGGGGUGGAAGGAUCUUGCUCCCUUGCCCUACCCUUACCACAGGAGUGGAGAGCAGUUAGCACAGGCCAAAAGCAGCCUCAGGUCCUCACUUUGCUUCUGGCCUGAAGCCUGACCGGGCAUUUUUGGUAGCACGUAGGCUGGAGAGAGAGAGAGAGGUAUCUAGUCUCUGUCCCUGACCUCUGCUGCCUCUGCCCCAGGCUGUUGUGUGCCAGCCUCUGAGGACAUGGCCCUGUCGCCGAGGCCUAACAAGCUCUCCCUCUCCUUUCUUUACUUUCCCAGAUUCUAUUUCACCAUUUGGAUGGUGGGAGAGGAAAGAGCCUUGUCUGGGUUGGCCGGGGCCUCUCUGAGGUGGGGUCUCCUAGGCAGGGCGAGAUGAUGCAGAAGAAAGGCUCAGACUAAAAGACUAGGAGGAUGUUUCAGAGGCAAAUCCCUGAUUCCCUACCUCUCCCCAGUCCUCCAAUUUCCAGUGUUUUCUCUGCUUUCUGUUCAACUGGAGGAGGCUUAGGUUUAGGGUCUGUGGGGACAGGGGCAGCACACUUGGUGCCGGCUUUUUGUCUUUGGGGGGGUGGGCCAGCUGCUUAUAGGACCCAGUCCUCUCCCCAGCCACAGAUUUGCCUUUUCAGAUGAGUAUCUUAUUGUGCUUUGGUUUCAAUAAAUAUUUUGAUGAUGUUUGGCC